GGAGGGCGACACCUUCCCUCAAGGCAUCCCAUGAAGAAGAUAAAGAGUGGCAAGAUGGCGUCGCAGUAUUACCAAGAAAUGCAGGAGAGCUUCAGAAAUAACAACAAAAGUCGGGAAUUCCCGGCUCAUACAGCCAAAGUACACUCCGUGGCGUGGAGCUGCGAUGGAAGGAGGCUCGCCUCCGGCUCGUUUGAUAAAACUGCCAGCGUUUUUAUCCUGGAAAAGGACCGCUUGGUGAAGGAGAACAACUACAGAGGACAUAGUGACAGUGUGGAUCAGUUGUGCUGGCAUCCAACCAACCCGGAUCUGUUCGUCACUGCGUCUGGAGACAAAACCAUUCGCAUAUGGGACGUGCGCACCACCAAAUGUGUCGCCACAGUCAACACAAAGGGUGAGAACAUUAAUAUCUGCUGGAGUCCCGACGGUCAGACAAUCGCAGUCGGGAACAAAGACGAUGUUGUGACCUUUAUCGAUGCCAAGACGCACCGCUCCAGGGCUGAGGAGCAGUUCAAGUUCGAAGUGAACGAGAUCUCCUGGAACAACGACAACGACAUGUUCUUCCUCACCAACGGGAAUGGCUGCAUCAAUAUUCUCAGUUAUCCGGAUCUGAAGCCCAUCCAGUCCAUCAACGCUCACCCGUCCAACUGCAUAUGCAUCAAGUUCGACCCCACGGGGAAAUACUUUGCCACAGGAAGCGCUGACGCUCUCGUUAGUCUGUGGGACGUGGAGGAGCUGGUGUGUGUCCGCUGCUUCUCCAGACUGGACUGGCCAGUGAGGACGCUGAGCUUCAGCAAUGACGGGAAGAUGUUGGCCUCCGCGUCUGAGGAUCAUUUCAUUGACAUCGCAGAGGUGGAAACAGGUGAGAAGCUGUGGGAGGUUCAGUGCGAUUCCCCAACGUUCACAGUCGCCUGGCACCCAAAGAGACCCCUGCUGGCAUACGCCUGCGACGACAAGGAGGGCAAAUAUGACAACAACCGAGAGGCAGGCACAGUUAAACUGUUUGGCCUUCCCAACGACUCGUGAGGAGCUUCAGCUCGUCUGUUGGCAGGAGUGAAAUGUUAAAAAGAGGAACUGCAGUAACCAUCUGACACCAGCAGGUGGUGCAACUUUCCUUACUUUGCUCUGAAUCGGCUGAUGUCAUUCCCUGGUUGUUUUUAUACAGUACAAACUCAUAGCUGUAAAAUAUUUUCAUGUAACAUAAA